AGUUGGCAUGGACUAGAGGGGGCACGAUACAAGAGAGCGCUCACUUCCUGGAGCCUAAACAACCCCCGCAAAAAACACGAAAAAUAAACGAGCCCAUGGAGGCGAGAGCUGGAAACUUCUAGCCCCGCAUCCCAUGGCUCGGAUGGUCUGUCCUGGUCACCUGGACACAUAAAGCGGGGUUAUCGAGCGAUAUUUUCGCAGCAGAUAGAGGCCGAUGUGCGAAGCAGCGGCGGCGGUGUGGAGUGAGCGCUGCGCGGACAGGAGAUCCAGAGACCGCACCAGCGCGAGCCAGAGAGCGGCCUAGGGCUAACACUCACAACCGGCGCAUUUAUGUUGACGGGACACCCAUAAGUGUACUUGACAGAGACCCUAGGAUCUACUUCCUUCUGGACGAAAACGUUUUUCGUCGUUUGGCAUGCCUGGCAUACUUUAAUCUGCACGGUAGCCUUUUAGCACCUUGGCUAACGGAUUAGAAUUGACAGGUUAGCUUGUUAGCCGCUAAACAAGUUUUAAAGUGACUUCUCGCACACCUAUAUCUAUGUAAUGAAGUCCGUGUCGACGGAAGAGGCGCUCCAGUUCUCGUUUUUAUUCUGAAACCACUCGUUUGUGAAUUUUUAAGACUAUAUAGUCUGUUGUUUGUGUUUUAAUGAUUAGCUGGCUAGCGAGCUAGCGAUGUCUAUGCCCUCCGCCGAUAUGCUGGAAACACCGCCUAUGUACCCGUUUGAGGAGAUCGAAUAUGUGGAUAUAGAAGUGGAAGAGGUGGUGGGCAGAGGGGCGUUUGGUGUUGUCUGCAAGGCCAAGUGGAAAGGCAGAGAUGUGGCCAUCAAGACUAUAGAGAGUGAAUCUGAAAAAAAUGCUUUCAUUGUUGAGCUUCGCCAGUUGUCUCGUGUAGAUCAUCCCAAUAUUGUAAAGCUUUAUGGUUCCUGCAAUAACCCUGUAUGUCUAGUGAUGGAAUAUGCAGAAGGAGGUUCAUUGUAUAAUGUGCUGCACGGUGCAGAGCCUCUCCCUCACUACACUGCAUCUCACGCCAUGAGCUGGUGCCUGCAGUGUUCUCAGGGGGUCUCGUAUCUCCAUGGCAUGAAACCAAAAGCUCUCAUUCACAGGGACCUCAAACCUCCCAAUCUGCUACUGGUUGCUGGAGGUACUGUCCUGAAGAUCUGUGACUUCGGGACAGCAUGUGACAUCCAGACUCACAUGACUAACAACAAGGGAAGUGCUGCCUGGAUGGCCCCAGAAGUGUUCGAAGGGAGCAACUACAGUGAAAAGUGUGACGUGUUCAGUUGGGGUAUUAUUCUCUGGGAGGUGAUCACACGCCGAAAGCCUUUCGAUGAAAUUGGUGGUCCUGCUUUCCGCAUCAUGUGGGCUGUGCACCGUGGAACACGUCCACCUCUCAUUAAGAAUCUACCGAAGGCCAUAGAGAGUCUGAUGACUCGUUGUUGGUCCAAAGACCCAUCGCAGCGGCCUUCCAUGGAGGAGAUAGUGAAGAUUAUGAGCCACCUUAUGGGGUAUUUCCCAGGAUCAGAAGAGCCUCUUAAGUACCCUUAUCAGUAUUCAGAUGAAGGCCAGAGUAACUCUGCCACCAGCACAGGCUCCCAUUUAGACUACACAUGUACCAGCAACAAGAACGACAUCAACAUGGAGCACACAAACUCCCCUGGCAGUAACGAUACUAUCAAGUUCCCCUACAAACCAAAGGGCAUUUCUGGUCAGUCUCUCUCCAGAGGCAGCAGCGUAGAGAGUCUUCCUGGCAGGUCACAUUUUCAGCCUUCCUCCGACAGCAAACGAAUGAGUGUCGAACUCUCCGAAUUGGAGCCCAGAUUACCCUUUGCUUCUGCAGCACGUCCACAAUAUAAGCGAGGUCACCGUAAAACGGCAUCACAUGGCACCAUUCUGGACAUUCCCAAGAUCAUCGUCACAGCAACCUGUGAGCCUCAUAGACGCAGAUCAGUGCAGGAUCUUCCUGCCAUUGGUACAGAUGCCAGUCAGGAUAGCAGAAACAACAGCAGAUCGUCCAGUCCAAGCGUGAGGAUGAUUACACCAGACAAGACAGACACUAAUGGCUCAGAUAACUCUAUCCCUAUGGCCUACCUGACCCUGGACCAUCAGUUACAGCCUCUAGCUCCAUGCCCAAACUCCAAAGAGUCGAUGGCAGUGUUUGAGCAACACUGUAAAAUGGCACAGGAAUACCUGAAGGUGCAGACAGAGAUCGCGCUUCUCAAACAGAGAAAGGAGGAGCUGAUAGCAGAACUAGACCAAGAUGAAAAGGAUCAACAGAACGCAUGUCGCCUCGCUCAGGAGCAAAAGAAGCUCAUAGAGGAGAACAAGAGUCUGUCUACCUACUACCAGCAAUGCAAGAAACAACUGGAGCUGAUCCGAGCGCAGCAGCAGAAGAGACAGGGCACCUCAUGAACCCUCUCAUCAUUAAACAGACUGACUCUAUCCUAACCACAGCCCCGGUAUCUCCACCUCCCCAAUCCAAACAUUGGGGGUUAGCUAUAGUUUGACCCAGAAACUCCAUUAUUCCGCCUCUUAAAACAACCCUUAUGCACCCAUGAAGUCUCUGAAGAUGGAAACUGUAGGACUUGUGCUCCACAGAGCAGGAGAACAUGGGUCAUUUCCACCAAUGCAAACAGUAGUAAGACCCUGCGCUCAACUGCACAAGCAUGUUGCGUUUGGCAGGCCAAAAAAUACAUUUAAAAAAUACAGUUGGACAACUGAUAAACGUGCAGAUCUUCAGAUAUCCAAACAAGCCAGCAAACCGAGUGCAAGGACACCUGCAUUAUACAUCAGGACUCCAAAUGGAGGAUGUUAAAGGAUUCAAUUAGAUUUUUUCUGAAUGUCAUAUUUUCCCCCUUCCACAUCCCAAAAUUCCCUGAGGGGUUUGCCUUAUUCCCCUUGAAAAGGUGUUGGCCCUCAAGAAUGUGAAAGUGAAGUGGCUUUAAGAUUCAUACAAAAGCUCAUUUUAUCAUUUUUUAGAUCUUUAUUUUAUUUAGUUACAUUCACUUUUGUGUGUGUUUCAUUUUAGCCCAUUUUAUGCAAAAAAAAAGACGUUCCCUAUUUUUUGAUUUGUUUCUCUGCCCUAAAAAGUGUUAAAAUGUAUUAAUCGAAAUCGGGGGAUGUAUAUCUUACAUAUGCCUUGCAUGUCGACCUUGCGUUUAUGGAGAAACAAGGGACGAUUUGUGUGUAUGUGCGGCCUCGCAAGAAAACGCCACUUUUGCAAUACGCUUCUUUUAUUUUCCCGCUCCAAAAAAACAAAACAAAAAACAAUCAUCAGUCUAAAAGAGAACGAAACAAAUUACUUGAGUGUAUGUGAUUGUGAGUACAAGCAUUUUAAUCAUGAUUUCAGUAUUCUUGUGUUUCUUUUGCUCGGUUGUGUAUCUUUAUCUAACCAUGUAUGGUAGUUUAUCCAGGGUUUUCAGAUCCGCUUCAUAGCUUUUAUUGCAAUUGUGGGAAAGAUGCUCUUUCUCUGAGCUUGAUUUAUUCAGUUUUAGUUCACAUGCUGCCUUAGAGUUGAACUGCUUGCAUUUUACUUGACUUGUUUUGUUGCUUUGCGGCAACGAGACCGCUCACACAUGCUGUGCUUUAAUGCGGUUAGGAGUUUUUAAAAUUGGUAGGGAAUGCAACACAAGUGAAAUUAAGAGUGGCCAGAUUUUGUCUGACCUGAAUGAUCUUGUCAAUAUGCUGCAGAAAUCGUGAAAUUAUGAUAAGGGCAGUCCACCCAUUCUGGUUCUGUUUAGUUUUUCCGUUUUCCAUUCUUACCACUAGUUUUUCAUUCCUCUAGUAUUUGAGAGAAAAAUCAAAGCUGUAUUGUUACAUUUAGGUAUGAAUUUCACCCUUUGUUUACUUUGUUCUACCCAGCACCGACUCAACCACACAGUUUUGCACAAUCCCGCCAAUACUGGUUAAGAAUGCUCACGAUGAAGUGAAAUCUUGAACAGGGUAAAUACACAUUUGGAUGUUCAAGAUCUUCAAGUGACUUGUUUCAAUUCUUUUUGUUUAACAGUGAAGUGUUUUAUUUUUUCUUCAGUUCAACGUUCUUGAUGAGUUCCUGUACUAUGUGCUGUAAAUAAGAUUUCUUAAGCUAUUGGGAAUGGGAAUACACAGGUGAAGGUCGCAUCUUGAAAUAAAUCGAACAGGUUAAAAAAA